CCACCGCGCUUCCAUCUGGCCAGGACUGGGUCAGCACCGGAGGAGCAUGGAACCCGGGGAGCCCCGGGAGGUCCGGGAACCCGGGCCAGGGGCAGAGACCACCCCGACGCCUCGCUGGGAGGAGGCCAAGACUUUCUACGACAACCUUACACCCAAGAAGAAACCCAAAUCGCCCAAGCCUCAGAAUGCAGUCACCAUUGCUGUGUCCUCCCGAGCCCUGUUCCGCAUGGAUGAAGAGCAGCGGAUCUAUACGGAGCAGGGCGUGGAGGAGUAUGUGCGCUACCAACUGGAACAUGAGAAUGAGCCUUUUAGUCCUGGGCCUGCCUUCCCCUUCGUGAAGGCCUUGGAGGCUGUGAACAAGAAGCUUCGGGAGCUGUACCCUGAUAGUGAGGACAUCUUUGACAUCGUCCUCAUGACCAACAACCAUGCUCAAGUGGGAGUCCGUCUCAUCAACAGUAUCAACCAUUAUGACCUGUUCAUCGAGAGGUUCUGUAUGACAGGUGGAAACAGCCCCAUCUGCUACCUCAAGGCCUACCACACCAACCUCUACUUGUCAGCCGAUGCAGAAAAAGUGCGAGAAGCCAUUGAUGAGGGGAUUGCAGCUGCCACCAUCUUCAGCCCCAGCAGGGAUGUGGUUGUGUCCCAGAGUCAGCUACGCGUAGCCUUCGACGGGGAUGCUGUGCUCUUCUCCGAUGAAUCUGAGCGCAUUGUCAAGGCCCACGGGCUGGACAGAUUCUUCGAGCAUGAGAAAGCCCACGAGAACAAGCCUUUGGCCCAGGGCCCCCUGAAGGGCUUUCUGGAAGCACUGGGUAGGCUGCAGAAGAAAUUCUACUCCAAGGGGCUGCGGCUGGAGUGCCCAAUUCGUACCUACUUGGUGACAGCACGCAGUGCAGCCAGUUCCGGGGCUCGAGCUCUCAAGACCCUGCGCAGCUGGGGCCUGGAGACCGAUGAAGCCUUGUUCCUAGCUGGAGCACCCAAAGGACCCCUCCUUGAAAAGAUCCGCCCACACAUCUUCUUUGAUGACCAGAUGUUCCAUGUGGCUGGGGCUCAGGAGAUGGGCACUAUAGCCGCCCACGUGCCUUACGGUGUGGCACAGACACCCCGGCGGACUGUACCCACAAAGCACCCCCCGGCUGCACAGUAGUGGACCUGCCUUGUUCCAGGCUGUCUGUUAUACUUUGAUGCCUCAUCUGGCAAACCCCUCUAGCUCC